AUGGCUCUUUGGAAGGGUAGUACAUACAAAGCCAAAAUACGCGAGGAACCAGGCUGGACGAAGCAGACGAUCAAAGAUUUCGCCCAGGCCGGUUAUAACAAGAUCAAGGACAGAUUCACGGGCGGAGCAGUCUUGGUAGCAGCGCUGUGGAUUCACGGUGAUGGUUGUUACAUCGUUUCUAAGCCGCGAGGCGAUGCCAUGGUGGACUUCAUGUUCGCCAACAGGCUGACUGCUCCGGCUUGGAACAGCUACAACGAGGAAAGAACAGACCCAGAUUUAGAGGACCGCUUUCACGCCGAGGAUGGUGCUUGUUUCUACGUAGAAAAUAGAUUGCCACUCAGUGGCAAAGUGCCUGCCGGGGGUAAUUACGAGGAGAUCAGCGGGGGUAUUCGCCCCUUCAUCGCUAUAUACGGAAAAUACCGCAGUUCUGAUAAGGAAGGGUUUAAACCACCUUGCGGUGGAGGUAACGCAGACCCACCUUGUACCUUGGAAAUGAGUUGGCUUCAUAUUGACUACAACUGA